AGGAUGCUGAGAUCGUGACCUGAGCUGAAGGCAGCGGCUUAACCCACUGAGCCACCCAGAUUCCAGAAAGAAAUUGGAAAUUGAAGAUUUCAGAAGAGGAAGUUGUUUUAAAAUAUUUUGAUUUACCUCAAAGAAUAAUGCUGAAAAGUUAAAAGUAUCAUUAACCUUAAUUUAAAUUUAAUAUUAUCCACUGGUAGCCCUUCAGGGAGCCAGUUUUCUAAAGCUUUGGAUUCUAAAAUAGGUCAUAUAAUUGACCCCGGUGGAAAAGGCUGAAUUAACAUCUAAGAGGCAAACAUACGUCUAGUAAUAGUAACUAAGCAGUCAUUUCCAUCCCUGAAAGUUCUUCCCGGGGCAGCACGAGAGUGAGGCGGGCGUCCUGGCUGCUGAUUGGCCUCUGCCAGGAAGACACUUGUAGCCAAAGAUGAGUUUGGGCAAAGUAGUCGCUUGCUCCUUCAGCCAUGGAAAAGCAGGGCCACAGUGAGGCGGGAGUAAUCUCAUCUGAGUCUCACUCCCAUGUUAAAUUGUUGAAAAUCCAUCGGGAACUUCUGGUCACCCACAUCCGCAACACCCAGUGUCUGGUGGACAACUUGCUGAAGAAUGACUACUUCUCUUCUGAAGAUGCGGAGAUCGUGGGUGCCUGCCCCACGCAGCCUGACAAGGUCCGCAAAAUUCUGGACCUGGCACAGAGCAAGGGCGAGGAGGUGUCUGAGUUCCUCCUCUACGUGCUCCAGCAACUCGCAGAUGCUUACGUGGAUCUCAGGCCUUGGCUGUCGGAGACUGGCUUUUCCCCCUCAGAGCUCAUUCAGAGCAAAGUUGUCAUCAACACCGACCCAGUGAGCAGGUACACGGAGAAGCUGCGACAGCAACUGGCCCGUGAUUCCAAGUUCGUCCUGUGCUAUGCCCAGAAGGAGGAGCUGCUGCUGGAGGAGAUGUACAGUGACACCAUCGUGGAGCUGGUGGGCUUCAGCAACGAGAGCCUGGGCCCGCUGGAGAGCCUGAGCUGCCUCCUGGACCACCGCACCGGGGUCCUCAGCGAGCAGGGCGAGACCAUCUUCAUCUGCGGGGACGCAGGCGUGGGCAAGUCCAUGCUGCUGCAGCGGCUGCAGAGCCUGUGGGCCGCGGGGCGGCUGGACACCGAGUUCAAGUUCUUCUUCCACUUCCGCUGCCGCAUGUUCAGCUGCUUCAAGGAGGGCGACACACUGUGCCUGCAGGACCUGCUCUUCAAGCAUUACUGCUACCCAGAGCAGGACCCCGAGGAGGUGUUCGCUUUCCUGCUGCGUUUCCCCCAGACGGCCCUCUUCACCUUCGACGGCCUGGACGAGCUGCACUCCGACUUUGACCUGAGCAGCGCACUGGACACCUGCUCCCCCUGGGAGCCCGCCCACCCCCUGGUCCUGCUGACCAACCUACUCAGCGGGAAGCUGCUCAAGGGUGCCGGCAAGCUGCUCACGGCCCGCACGGGCGUGGAGAUCCCGCGCCAGCUCCUCCGCAAGAAGGUGUUCCUGCGGGGCUUCUCCCCUAGCCACCUGCGCACCUACACGAAGAGGAUGUUCCCCGAGCGAGCCGUGCAGGAGCACCUGCUGGCCCAGCUGGAGGCCAACCCCAACCUCUGCAGCCUGUGUGCCGUGCCUCUCUUCUGCUGGAUCAUCUUCCGCUGUUUCCAGCACUUCCACAGCGUUUGGGAGGGCUCUGCGCAGCUGCCCGCCUGCACAGUGACCCUGACCGAUGUUUUCCUGCUGGUCACCGAGGUGCACCUGAACAGGACGCAGCCCACCAGCCUGGUGCAGCGGAACACGAGAGGCCAGACCGAGACAUUCCGCGCCGGACGGGGCACCUUGCACUCGCUGGGGCAGGUGGCCCAUGGCGGCAUGGAGAAGAGCCUCUUUGUGUUCCACCAGGAGGAGGUGCAGGCAGCCGGGAUGCAGGAGGGGGAGCUGCAGCUGGGCUUCCUGCGGGCGGUGCCGGAGCAGGGCCUGGGCGGGGACCAGCAGUCCUACGAGUUUUUCCACAUCACCCUCCAGGCCUUCUUUACUGCCUUCUUUCUCGUGGUGGACGACAAGGUGGGCACUGGGCAGCUUCUCAGGUUCUUCCAGGAGUGGGCUCCUGCUGGGGGAGUGGGAGCCGAAUCCCGCUAUCCCUCCUGUCUCCCCUUCCCGUGCCUGAAGGGUGGUGGCCUGGCAGGGGAGGACCCCUUCAAGAACAAGGAUCACUUUCAGUUCACUAACCUCUUCCUGUGUGGGCUGUUGUCUAAGGCCAAACAGAAACUCCUGCGGCACCUGGUGCCCGCCGCUGCCUUGCGGAGAAAGCGCAAGGCCCUGUGGGCACACCUGUUGGCCAGCCUGCGGGCUCACCUGCAGAGCCUGCCCCGCGUGAAGUCUGGGGCCUUCAACCAGGUGCAGGCCAUGCCCACCUUUGUCUGGAUGCUGCGUUGCAUCUACGAGACCCAGAGCGAGAAGGUGGGACAACUGGCGGCCAAGGGCAUCUGCGCCAACUACCUCAAGCUGACCUUCUGCAACGUGUGCUCGGCGGACUGCAGUGCCCUCUCCUUCGUCCUGCACCAUCUCCGCAAGCGGCUUGCCCUUGACCUGGACAACAACAAUCUCAACGACUAUGGCGUGCGGGAGCUGCAGCCUUGUUUCAGCCGCCUCACCGUCAUCAGACUCAGUGUAAACCAGAUCACAGACAGUGGGGUGAAGGUGUUGUAUGAAGAGCUAACCAAAUACAAAAUCCUGACCUUCUUAGGCCUGUACAACAACCAGAUCACUGAUGUGGGAGCCAGGUACAUCGCCAGGAUCCUGGAUGAGUGCAAAGGCCUCACGCACCUCAAACUGGGGGAGAACAAAAUAACGAGUGAAGGAGGAAAGUGCCUGGCUGUGGCUGUGAAGAACAGCAAAUCAAUCUUUGAAAUUGGGAUGUGGGGCAACAGAAUUGGUGAUGAAGGAGCAAAGGCCUUCGCGGAGGCUCUGAGAAACCACCCCAGCCUGACCAACCUGAGUCUUGCAUUCAAUGGCAUCUCCAGAGAAGGAGGAAAGAGCCUCGCACAGGCCCUGGAGCAGAACACCUCUCUGAGAAUCUUCUGGCUCACCAAAAAUGAACUGGAUGACGAAGUGGCAGAGAGCCUGGCAGAGAUGUUGAAAGUCAACCAGACGUUGAAACAUUUAUGGCUUAUCCAGAACCAGAUCACAGCCAAGGGGAUUGCCCAGCUGGCAGAUGCCUUACAGAGGAACACUGGCAUCAUGGAGAUCUGAUGUAGAAACCGAGGCCCAGUGACGUAAAACUUGCCCAAGGUGCCACCUAAGAGAAGCUGGAUCUGGUCCAGAUUGCCUGACUCUGUGGUCAGCGUGCUCUACCCAGGCCCUCUGUCCUCCUCUACCUUCCUGGGGUCGCAUGGGGCAAACAGACCCAGAAAGGGAUCCCCACUAGAAGUGAAUCACUCAGGGACUCAGGAGGCUGAGAGAUGAAUGUGCUAGCUAGAGUUUGGGGCCCAUUCUUCUCCUCUUCAGGGCUUCCUGACCUUGAGGAAAUACUUUCAUGCUGGAUUUGAGCUGACUUGUCCUCUCCCUCAACCUCCCAUUACUGUUUGGAGGAGUUAUUUAUGGGGCUAGUGGGACAGAGCCAAAUUAUUUGCUUUCUACAAUACUGAGCCCUGUUAUGCUCCGUUAUUGCCUCACAAGACACAUUCCCCCACCCCCACCCCCCACACAUUUGAGGCAUUUGGGUCUGGGCCUGUAGAAUGUGCCAGGCCAUAAGCAGAGUUGGGGGAGUUCCCAUUAGUAAUGGUUUCAGCCAUGGUUUGGGUGCUGGGGAAAUGGCAGUUAGCUGGACUGAAAGAACCCUGAUUGCUUAAGAGUCUGGGCUUCCCGGAGCUGAGAGCAGGGGGCUGAACUAAGUAUUCUAGAGUUUGUCCUGCACCUCGGGGUGGGGGAGGUGAGGGAGAGCACAGCCCUGCAGAGCAACCGUGUGGAGGACCCAGCAGGGGGCAGAGCCAGACCUCCCUUGAGGACACAGAUGGGGAGAAGAGUUCCCACUCUCAUUGUUGCUUCUGUGAGAUAGAAGGAGCAGCCUCACUGAGAACUCAAAUCCUCGGCUCAGAGGGCAGUUACUCAUUAACGACUUUACUUCUUCAUGACGGGGGAGAAUUUCCCAGCAAAAAUGUGUAUCGGGGUAUAGCCCCUUGACCGCGGCUCUGAGUACAGUGCUUAUUAAACUUUGCCUUGGAACUUGUCAGAGGAUCAUAAAAUGAGUUUGGUGGAUUGUGACCAGCAUUAUUUAAAAAAAUGAACUUGAGCAGAGUACAGGAAAGUGCUG